AUGCGUAAUCUCGUUGUUUUUGCAGGCUCUUCUCAUCCAGCCCUUGGAGAGGAGAUAUGUAGACGCUUAGGAAUCGAACCUGGAAAGUCUUCUCUUGAAAAAUUUAGUAACAAUGAAACCAAAGUGGAGCUUUAUGAGUCUGUAAGAGAACAGGACGUCUAUAUUGUGCAGUCUGGAUGUGGCCACGUCAACGAUAAUUUUAUGGAAUUGAUGAUUAUGCUUCAAGCAUGCAAAACUGCUUCUGCCAAAAAGGUUACUGCUGUCAUUCCUUUCUUUCCUUACUCAAGACAACCUGAUGUUCCUUACAAGAGAUCCGGUGCACCAUUGACUCGCGCACCUCCCUUGACCGUACCAUCAAGCCCUCGAACAAUUCCGUCUAGUCCAAGCACGAUCCCUACUACACCUCUGACCGAAGUGGAUGAAAAUCCUUUCAAUGCCGUUGCACUCUCAAGACUUUCUAACGAAAUGGAACGCAUCGCAGUUGGACAACAGAUCAACCGUCUCAGGGGACCUCCUCUCCCCCUCCCUCCUGCUCCUCCGUUUCAACAAGCCAGUCAUGGUUUAGCAGGUCCAGGAUAUCAAGCUGGGUAUCGUCAAUGGGUUGCUAGAUCAGGUACUCUUGUAGCCGAACUUUUAGAAUGUGCUGGAGCAGAUCAUGUCAUUACAAUGGAUUUACAUGACCCACAGUUUCAAGGAUUCUUUGAUUGUCCUGUAGAUAAUCUAUCAUCAUUGCCUAUGAUGAUGCGCCACAUAGAACAAAAGAUUCCAAAUUUCCAGGACGCAGUUAUUGUCUCGCCUGACGCAGGUGGUGCAAAGAGAGCUACUUCGAUUGCAGAAAAGAUGCGUAUGGACUUUGCCCUGAUUCACAAGGAACGAAGAUCUCCAGACAAGCCUCUCAAACCUGACCUGAUGUUGGUCGGCGAUGUGAAGAACAAGGUGUGCAUUCUGAUCGAUGAUAUUGCCGAUACUUCAUUUACUAUCACCAAGGCAGCCAAGUUGCUGCACGAAAAGGGUGCCACCAAGAUCUAUGCCCUUAUCACUCAUGCCAUUCUAAGCGGCGACGCAGUGGAGCGGAUUCAGAAAAGCUAUCUUGAUGCUGUGAUUGUGAGCAAUUCGGUGCCCCAGGCUGAACACACCAAGAAAUGUAGCAAGAUUCAAACAUUUAGUGUAGCUGCCAUUUUUGCAGAAGCAGUCCGUCGUACACACAAUGGUGAAAGUGUUAGCAUGCUGUUUGACUCUAAUUAUGACUUUGUUUAA